AUGAAUGAGGGCAUUAGGUUUGCCGUCUCAGCGAUGGUCAACACCCGAGAGAUGAGUGCUUUUAUGUCGGAUGCAGAUUAUGCAGUAGUAAAUGAGCGACUCAUCUCAAUAAUGUGUAAGGGGUGGAAGGGACUCGGGCGGACAUAUGGAGAUGUAUUGAGUCUAUCGAUCAGUGGCUGCGAACCAUCCAAACCCUGUACUCUUCAGAGGGGACACGAAGUUGUAAUUGACAUCGACUACAGACUUACUCAAACAGUAUGGGCACCAAAAUGGACACUAUUUGCCAAAUAUUCAGGUGGCAUAUACGACCUUGCUAACAUUGCAGGCUUUGACACCGACGCCUGUCACGACACUCCCUGUCCUAUCGUCUCAGGUGUGACACAACACCUCAGGUUUGCCUUCAAAUUGCCGGAAGACUUCUUGCCUGAGGCCAACACCUUUGACCUGAGGACACAUCUUCAGGACGAACGACGCGUUACAAACUUAUCUAAAUUCUGUACAAACGUGUCGGCGAUUCCGGCAAUGCUGGCCAUCAUUUGGCGCAACUUUCCCGACGUAAAGGCCAGACUCACUAUCGCUCGAAUCCGUUUCCAGCGGUCGUCGCCUCGCAUGAAGAACAACAUCUUCCGGAGCGGCGAUUGGCCUAAAUUCAUGGCAUAUCUGUUGGGAAAUAUGCCCUCAAACUCGACCCGAUUCGGGCCCCGGACUCCGUGUCGGCGCCAGUAUGUGAACCGAUAUAGCGGUGAGAAAGAUGGCCGACUUGUCUACAUAGAAUAUAAAUUGAGAAUGUACCAAUGGCAAUGCAAGUCAUUAGGAGGCUCUACACUAACUGUACUGUUUGCAAAUUUUGACGCCGUGGGUCACGUGAAUCCUGCGGUAGCCCUGGCGGAGACACUACUCACUGCCGGACAUCGGGUCGUAUUUCUAUUGACAGACCGGUGGCGCGGAUUGUUGGACUUAAUGCACCCGAACCUCAGAGUAAUAUUUUACGACCGCCAAAACAAAUCAAUAGAAUCUGGGUUAGAACCUGCUAAUUUUCAUGGCGAGUUAAAAUUGCACUGUGGUCAAUUCUCUGAACGUGGGCCUUUAGACAAAAUGCUGGCCUAUUGCACACAUGUUGCGCCAAAGUUGAGGGCAUUGGCGCUCAAAAUGGACGCUCUAAUUGAACAAACCAUACGCGAUGUCGAGCCCGACGUUAUUGUUAUUGAUUACCAUUUGGCGCUGCCGUCGAUUGAGCGCUCGGGUGUGCCCUGGGUUUACGUCAAUGUGUGUAAUCCUUUGAAUUGCUUGCCUGACGCCCGGACCCCCCCCCACGCUUCAGGAUAUUCAGCACUGGGAGACCAACGCGAGUGGAAAGCAUACAGAGAGGCAUACAUUGCGGCCAUAAGUAAUGUUUGGCAAGAGUUUAACGCAUACUAUGUAUCCAAAGGCUGUAAACCGCUGCCAAUCGGAAGUUUCUGUAAUCACUCGCCGUAUCUAAACGUAUAUCAGUUCCCAAUUGAGUUGGACUAUCAGGAUAUGCGUCCAAAUCCGCCCAAACACUACCGGUUCGACCAUUUUAUGAGCUCAGGUGACGGUAAGACUGUGUUUGAGAUACCAAAGCCGUUGGCGGACAGACCGGGAAAGUUGUUAUAUUUUACGUUAGGCUCUAUGGGUGCCACAGAUGUACAUAAUAUGAAAAGAUUGGUGAGUAUUUUGUCUAAAUCUAAGCACCGGUUCAUUGUAUCAAAAGGACCCAAACACGACACGUAUGAACUGCCGGACAACAUGUUUGGCCAGAAAUAUCUACCACAGCAACAGAUUGUGCCACUCGUGGACAUGAUAAUCACCCAUGGUGGCAAUAAUACGGUGUGCGAGGGGUUCGCCGCCGGGAAACCAAUGAUAGUAUUGCCCCUAAACUUGGAUCAGUAUAAUAACGCCCAACGGGUGGACGAACUCGGUUUCGGUGUACGUCUGGACGCCUAUAAGUGCACUUCAGGGCAACUCUUGGGGGCAAUCGAUCGGCUCUUAAACAAUAAACAAUUACACGAAAGACUGGCUAUAAUUGCAAACAGAAUUAAAAGGGAUAACAGUAUCGCAAAGUUUCCACAAUUGGUUGAAAUACUCUACUUUACAUCCUCUAAUUUACUACAUCAUUAUUAA